AUGAAUAAUAAUGAUAUUAACGGUAAUGUUAACGAUGAUGAUGGAUCUACACGCAUAAAUUCCCAAUUCUUAUUAAAUCCAAAAUACAAAUCCAUCUCUUCAUCUACCACAUAUUCCUCUACCAUCAACACAACUCAAACUUCAGCUGACCAACCACAUGCAGUUCAUUCAAUUAAUUUGGAUAAUACUACAUGUCAAAAUUAUGCAUUUAAUCAUCAUCCCAUUCAUCCUUCAAUAAAUGAGAAAGGUAAAAGGUGUGGUGGUUUGACUUCUGACUCUGAUAGUCAAGAUACAACGAAUCUUGACCCUUGCUCAAUUGGUAUAGCUGAUGAUGAUACAAGAUAUUCAUUAUAUGCUACAUCCAGAGACACAUUGCAACAAAUUUUAGAAAAUAGUAAACCUUCUUAUCGUUACUUUUCUCCAUCUCAUUAUUCCUAUGAUCUUACCAAGAAAUUUGGUUUCCAAAAUGACAACAGACGUAACAUGUUUGACCAUUUGAUGUGCAUGCUAGACUCUCGUGCUUCAAGAAUGUCUCCAUCACAAGCUCUGUUAACUUUACACGCUGAUUAUAUUGGUGGUGUUAAUGCUAAUUAUAGAAAAUGGUAUUUUGCUGCUCGCAUGUAUCAGGAUGAUCAAUCUGGUUCUGCUGUUGAAAAUUCUACUGCUGCUAUAAAACCUAAUGAACAACUGGAGAAAUGGUAUCAGGAAAUGAACUCAAUGUCUCCGAAUGACUAUGUCAAACAAUUAGCACUAUAUUUAUUGUUAUGGGGUGAAGCAUCUGUAAUCAGGUUUACCAGCGAGUGUUUAUGUUUCAUUUUCAAGUUGGCCUAUGAUUACUAUAAAAGUCCUAAUUGUAAAUCAACGGUUGACCCUAUACCAGAAGGUGAAUAUCUGAGAAAUGUUAUCAUGCCACUUUACAAUUAUAUUCGUGAUCAAGGUUAUGAAGUUGUAGAUGGAAAUUUUGUUAGAAGAGAAAAAGAUCAUGCCGACAUCAUUGGUUACGAUGAUAUUAAUGAGUUAUUUUGGUAUCCUAGGAGCAUGAAUAGAAUAAUUUUGAAGGAUAAAAAAACAAAGUUGAUGUCACUACCUCACUCACAAAGAUAUUUAAUGCUAGGUCAUGUGUAUUGGAAACGUGUCUUUCAAAAAACCUACAAAGAAAAACGUACUUGGCUUCAUUUAGCUGUAAAUUUCUCUCGUAUUUGGAUAAUUCAUAUCUCGGUAUUCUGGUAUUAUACUGCUUUUAAUGCGCCGUUCUUAUACAUGGAUAUCACAAAUCCUGAACCUGCUGUUCAAUGGUCAGUAGUGGCCCUUGGUGGUGCUUUGGCAACUUUAUUCAUGAUUGCAGGAUGUAUCUGUGAAUUCUUCUUUAUACCCUUAUCCAAAAGUAAUAUCACCAUGCUGUCACGUAGAUUAUUCAUUUUAUUAUUGAUUCUUAUUGUCAAUUCGGCACCUACAGUAUAUAUUUGUAUGAUGGCUCGUGACUUGUACUAUUCUUUGAUUAUUGGGAUGGCUCAAUUUUUUAUUUCAAUAAUCACAACACUGACAUUCUCCAUAGUUCCAUGUACCAGUUUAUUUGGCGGCUAUUCAAAAAAUUCACAAAAAAUCCAAGCUUUGCAAACAUUCACAUCAAGUUUUCCAAAACUAAAUAAAAAGGAUCGUGCUAUCUCGAUAGGUUUAUGGAUUUGUAUUUUUACUUGUAAAUUUGUCGAGUCAUAUUUCUUUCUAUCGCUCUCUUUCAAAGAUCCAUUAAAAGCAAUGCAUGAUAAAAAAGUUGUUGGUUGUGGUGAAAAACUUGUUGGAAACAUUUUAUGUACAUAUAUGCCUACAAUGGCCAUAAUAAUAAUGUUCAUCACAGAUUUGGUAUUAUUUUUUCUGGAUACUUAUCUUUGGUAUGUUACUUGGAUUUCAAUUUUUUCGGUGAUUAGAUCCUUUACAAUCGGCAUUUCGAUUUGGACACCUUGGCAAAACAUUUUCUCAAUGCUUCCAAAACGCAUUUAUGCUAAAUUAUUAGCUGUGAAUCAUAUGGAACUUGAACAUAAAGCAAAAUUUUUGGUAUCUCAGAUAUGGGAUACAAUUGUUACUACUAUGUAUUAUGAACAUUUAUUAUCCAUUGAUAAUUUACGUAAACUACUUUAUCAAAAGGUACAUAUUGAUGGUUCUAAAAAUAUGUUUAAAGAACCAAAUAUUUUUGUAUCAAAAAAUCUUGAUAAUCAAUAUUACCCAUCAUCAAGCGAAGCAGAACGUCGUAUUUCAUUUUUUGCUCAAAGUUUAUCAACACCAAUUCCUGACCCUUUACCGAUUCAAAACAUGCCCACUUUUACUGUGUUGACACCCCACUAUUCGGAAAAAGUUCUUCUUUCACUCAGAGAAAUUAUCCGUGAGGAGGAUCAGAAUACUCGUGUCACUCUGUUGGAAUAUUUGAAACAAUUACAUCCUAUUGAAUGGGUUAACUUUGUAAAAGAUACUAAAAAUUUUGCAAAGAGAUCAGGAAAAGAAAAAUUUGAAAAGAAUUUAGAUGAUCUACCAUUAUAUUCAGUCGGAUUCAAAUCUUCAGCAUCUGAAUUCACUUUACGUACUCGAAUAUGGGCAUCACUUCGUUCACAAACAUUGUAUCGUACAAUUUCCGGAUUUAUGAAUUAUGCUAAAGCUAUUAAACUUUUAUAUCUUUAUUCUGUACUCAUAGAUGGUCAUUGUGAAAUAUUACAAGAUGGUAGACGUAAACCGAAAUAUCGUAUACAAUUGCCUGGCAAUUCUAUACUUGGCGAUGGCAAAGCCGACAAUCAAAACCAUGCUAUAAUAUUUAUUCGUGGCGAAUAUUUACAAUUGAUAGAUGCCAAUCAAGACAAUUAUCUGGAAGAAUGUUUAAAAAUUCGUAAUAUACUUGGUGAAUUUGAAGAUAAUAAAGAUCCUGUGGCGAUUGUUGGGGCUCGUGAAUAUAUUUUUUCGGAAAAUUAUGGCGUUUUGGGUGAUGUAGCGGCUGGUAAAGAGCAAACUUUUGGUACUUUGACUCAACGAAUGAUGGCGAAAAUCGGCGGUAGACUUCAUUAUGGACAUCCAGAUUUUCUGAAUGCAAUUUUCAUGACAACUCGUGGUGGAGUGUCCAAAGCACAAAAAGGUCUACAUCUUAAUGAAGAUAUUUAUGCGGGUAUGAAUGCAUUUUGUCGUGGUGGCAGAAUAAAACAUACCGAAUAUUAUCAAUGUGGCAAAGGACGUGAUCUUGGAUUUGGAUCAAUUCUUCAUUUCACAACAAAAAUUGGUACUGGGAUGGGAGAACAGAUGUUAUCUAGAGAAUAUUACUAUAUAGGAACACAACUUCCCUUAGAUCGUUUUUUAACAUUUUAUUAUGCACAUCCUGGAUUUCAUAUCAAUAAUAUUUUUAUAAUGUUCUCCAUGCAACUGUUUAUGAUUGGAAUGAUGUUUAUUGGUGCUUUGACGAUCACUUUAGAACAUGAUCUUUGUGAAUAUAAUCCAGAUCUGGAGGCACCAUUGUACCCACCAGGAUGUUAUAAUUUAGUACCGAUAUUUGAUUGGAUAAAGCGGUCAAUCACCUCGAUAUUUCUUGUCAUUUUUAUUUCAUUCUUGUCAUUAUUUCUACAAGAAUUGACCGAGAAAGGAUUGAUUCGAAGCAUUUUACGACUUGGGAGACAUUUUAUAUCAUUGUCACCAUUUUUCGAAGUGUUUACUACUCAAAUAUAUGCAUAUAGUAUAUUAACAAAUCUUAGUUUUGGUGGAGCUAGAUAUAUAGCUACUGGACGAGGGUUUGCAACAGCUCGCAUACCAUUUUCAGUGCUGUAUUCACUUUUUACAAGAUCGAGUAUUUAUUUAGGAAUGAGAAUUCUGGUAAUAUUGAUAUUUGUGUCGAUUACAAUGUGGCUACCGCAUCUAAUAUAUUUUUGGGUUUCGGCGAUUGCUUUAUGCAUUUCACCAUUCCUGUUUAAUCCACAUCAAUUCUCAUUUAUCGAUUUCAUAAUUGAUUAUCGAGAAUUUUUGAGAUGGAUGUCUAGAGGCAAUUCGAAAUCACAUUUAAAUUCAUGGAUAUCGUACUGUAGAAUUUCAAGAACAAUGGUAACAGGUUACAAAAAAAAGAAGUUGGGGCAUUCUUCGUCAUCCUCGAAGAAAAAGUCAGUUGUGAUGACGGUUGGAGGCGGAAGAAUAGAUGUGACUAGGCCAAGUUUUUUUGUGAUAUUUUUUUCAGAGAUUUUUUCACCAUUCGUAAUAGCAGUACUUUGUAUUAUAGUUUUCACAUUUAUAAAAAGUUUUGAUUCCAAAGAGCCCGGUAAUCCGAAUAAUGGACCAAGCCCUAUCAUCAGAGUGAUCAUCAUAGCUAUUGGACCUAUAUUAUUGAAUGCUGUAAUGUUAUUAGGGUUUUUCAUACUAUCGAUUUUUUUUGGAUCAAGCAUCAGUUUAUUUUUUGAAAAGUUUGGAUCAAUAAUAGCAGCGGUAGUGCAUACAUUUGCGAUUGUAAAUUUGAUAGGGACAUUUGAGAUAUUAUGGUAUCUUGAAUCAUGGAGAUUAAGUAAUGCGAUAUUGGGUAUGAUAGUAUUGAUAGCAAUACAACGAUUUAUUUUCAAAUUGAUGAUUGCAUUAUUUUUAACACGUGAGUUAAAGCAUGAUGAAACGAAUAGAGCGUGGUGGAGUGGAAAGUGGUAUGGACGUGGAUUUGGAUUUGGGUUGACGUUAACGCAACCUUUUCGUGAAUAUAUUUGUAAGAUUGUGGAGAUGUCGCUUUUUGCAACUGAUUUUGUAAUAGGGCAUAUUCUACUGUUUAUGUUGAUACCAUUUUUGUUUAUACCUUGGAUUGAUAAGUUACAUUCAACAAUGUUAUUUUGGUUGAGGCCAAGUAAACAAAUCAGGCCACCAAUUUAUUCAAUUAAGCAAAAAAAACGUCGACGAAGAAUUGUUUGGACUUAUGGAUUGUUAUUUUUGUUGAUGUUUAUUAUAUUUGUUGGAUUGAUUGUUGGGCCUUUAUUUGUAGGCAAUAAACUUAGAAUUUCUUUCAAAAUACCCAUUUAA